AUCCAGCUUGGCUCACCUUCCAGGGUCUGCAUUCCCUUUCCCUACCCCUGGCAAGGCCAAGGUGUCCUGUUCCGCAAGGCUGGUCAGUUCAGGAAGUAGACAUCUUGAGCACCUCCAGUGGCCCAGGCAUUUUCUCCAAAGAGAGGCAGCUUACCUCCUCUUCCCUUCCUCCCAUUAUUCACUGUGCAAGGCGUCCUGCACCCAUUGGCUGGGAGGUGGUGUCUGGGGCCCUCCAGCCCAGCGCCAGCACCCAGAUCCACGUGCGCCGGUGUGUGUGACACAGCCCUGACCUCAGUGGGGGCCAGUAGCCAAUCAGGCGCCGGAACGAGAGCCUCAGCCAAUCGGGGGCGGGGCCUGCGGCUCCGCCGGCUGGAGGCCAAUGAAGGGCAGUGCCUGGCAUUAUGCAACCCGCCUCCUGGCCCCGCGGAGCUUCCACUCGGUUGCUGGCUGCAACGGCGGCGGACAGGCGGCCGGAGGGCGCUCGCGCGGCCAGGUACUGGCUGUGAUCAAACUUCUCAAUCUUCAGAGGCUUGGGUCUCCCACCUCACUCCUCUAGCCAGGCCUCCUGGCCCCCUUGUGCAUCCAUUGUGGCCUCUCCACCUUCCCUGUUCUCCUGCCCUCCCCAUGGCCCAGACAUGAGUAGCUCCCUAGAAGGGGCUGAUGGGGGAGGGGACCCCAGGCCGGGGGAAUCUUUUUGUCCUGGAGAGGCCCCAUCCCCUGGCCCUCCACACCACCGGCCUUGCCCUGGCCCAAGCCUGGCUGAUGACACGGAUGCCAACAGCAAUGGCUCCAGUGGCAAUGAGUCCAACGGGCCCGAGUCCAGGGGUGCAUCUCAGCGGAGCUCACAUAGCUCCUCCUCCGGCAAUGGCAAGGACUCAGCCCUGCUGGAGACCACUGAGAGCAGCAAGAGCACAAAUUCUCAGAGCCCAUCCCCACCCAGCAGUUCCAUUGCCUACAGCCUCCUGAGUGCCAGCUCGGAGCAGGACAACCCAUCUACCAGUGGCUGCAGCAGUGAACAGUCAGCUCGAGCAAGAACCCAGAAGGAACUCAUGAUGGCGCUGCGGGAGCUCAAGCUUCGGCUGCCGCCAGAGCGCCGGGGCAAGGGCCGCUCUGGGACCCUCGCCACACUACAGUACGCACUGGCUUGUGUCAAGCAGGUUCAGGCCAACCAGGAAUACUACCAGCAGUGGAGCCUGGAGGAGGGUGAGGCUUGUGCCAUGGACAUGUCCACCUACAGCCUGGAGGAGCUGGAGCACAUUACGUCCGAGUACACGCUUCGCAACCAGGAUACCUUCUCCGUGGCUGUCUCUUUCCUGACAGGCCGCAUCGUCUACAUUUCGGAGCAGGCAGGUAUCCUGCUGCACUGCAAGCGGGAUGUGUUCCGGGGUGCCCGCUUCUCAGAGCUCUUGGCUCCCCAGGAUGUGGGCGUCUUCUAUGGUUCCACUGCCCCAUCUCGCCUGCCCACCUGGGGCACUGGGGCCUCGGCAGGUUCAGGCCUCAAGGACUUCACCCAGGAAAAGUCUGUCUUCUGCCGUAUCAGAGGAGGUCCUGACUGGGAUCUAGGGCCUCGGUACCAGCCAUUCCGCCUAACUCCAUAUGUGACCAAGAUCCGGAUCUCAGAUGCGGCCCCCGCGCAGCCGUGCUGCCUGCUCAUUGCAGAGCGCAUCCACUCCGGUUACGAAGCUCCCCGGAUCCCCCCUGACAAGAGGAUCUUCACCACACGGCACACGCCCAGUUGCCUCUUCCAGGAUGUGGAUGAAAGGGCUGCCCCACUGCUCGGCUACCUCCCCCAGGACCUCCUGGGGGCCCCAGUGCUCCUGUUCCUGCAUCCUGAGGACCGACCCCUCAUGCUGGCCAUCCACAAGAAGAUCCUGCAGCUGGCUGGCCAGCCCUUUGACCACUCUCCUAUCCGCUUCUGCGCCCGUAAUGGAGAGUAUGUCACCAUGGACACCAGCUGGGCUGGCUUCGUGCAUCCCUGGAGCCGCAAGGUGGCCUUUGUGUUGGGCCGCCACAAAGUACGCACGGCGCCCCUGAAUGAGGAUGUGUUCACUCCCCCGGCCCCCAGCCCAGCUCUGUCCUUGGACUCUGAUAUCCAGGAGCUCUCUGAGCAGAUCCACCGGCUGCUCUUACAGCCUGUGCACAGCCCCAGCCCCAGCCCCUCGGGGCUUUGUGGAGUCGGCCCUGUGACCUCCCCUGGCCCUCUCCUCAGCCCUGGCUCCUCCAGUGAUAGCAACGGGGGUGAUGCUGAGGGGCCUGGGCCUCCUGUCCCGGUGACCUUCCAGCAGAUCUGUAAGGAUGUGCAUCUGGUGAAGCAUCAGGGGCAGCAGCUUUUUAUUGAGUCCCGGGCCCGGCCUCCACCCCGGCCCCGCCUCCCUGCUACAGGCACAUUCAAGGCUAAGACCCUUCCAAACCAGUCCCCAGACCCAGACCUGGAGGCAGCUCCUGCUCCAAUCCAGGCCCCACUAGCCUUGAUCCCUGAGGAGGAUGAGAGGAAAGAAGCCUCCACUUGUUCCUACCAGCAGAUAAACUGCCUGGACAGCAUCCUCAGGUACCUGGAGAGCUGCAACAUCCCCAGCACCACCAAGCGUAAAUGUGCCUCCUCCUCUUCCUGCACCACCUCUUCAGCCUCUGACGAUGAUAAGCAGAGGACAGGUCCACUCUCUGUGGGGGCCAAGAAAGAUCCAUCAGCAGUGCUGUCUGGGGAGGGGGCCACCCUGCAAAAGGAGCCGGUGGUGGGAGGCACCCUGAGCCCACUUGCCCUGGCCAAUAAGGCGGAGAGCGUAGUAUCCGUCACAAGUCAGUGUAGCUUCAGCUCCACAAUCGUCCAUGUGGGAGACAAGAAGCCCCCGGAGUCGGACAUCAUCAUGAUGGAGGACCUGCCUGGCUUGGCUCCAGGCCCAGCUCCUAGCCCAGCCCCCAGCCCUACGGUAGCCCCUGACCCAGCCCCAGAUGCUUACCGCCCGGUGGGCCUGACCAAGGCCGUGCUGUCCCUGCACACGCAGAAGGAGGAGCAAGCCUUCCUCAGCCGCUUCCGUGACCUCGGCAAGCUGCGUGGACUUGACAGCUCCUUGGCCCCAUCGGCCCCUGGCGAGCGAGGCUGCCACCAUGGCCCCACACCCCCCGGCCGCCGACACCACUGCCGAUCCAAAGCCAAGCGCUCACGCCACCACCAGACCCCCCGGGCUGAAGCCCCCUGCUAUGUAUCCCACCCCUCACCUGUGCCACCCUCUGCCCCCUGGCCCCCACCACCAGCCACUACUCCCUUCCCAGCUGUGGUCCAGCCCUACCCCCUCCCAGUAUUCUCCCCACAAGGAAGUCCCCAGCCUCUUCCUCCUGCCCCCACAUCAGUGCCUCCUGCAGCUUUCCCUGCCCCCCUGGUGACCCCAAUGGUGGCCUUGGUGCUCCCUAACUAUCUGUUCCCUACCCCAUCCAGCUGUCCCUAUGGGGUACCCCAGACCCCUGUCGAGGGGCCUCCUACCCCUGCCUCCUACUCCCCUUCUCUGUCCCUCCCUGCACUGGCCCCCAGCCCUCCCCACCGCCCAGACUCUCCACUAUUCAACUCGAGAUGCAGCUCCCCACUCCAGCUAAAUCUGCUGCAGCUUGAGGAGCCCCUGCGUGUUGAGGGGGGUGCUGUUGCAGGGGGUCCUGGGAGCAGUGCUGGGCCCCCGCCUCCCAGUGAGGAGGCCGCUGAACCAGAGGCCAGACUGGUGGAGGUAACUGAGUCCUCCAAUCAGGACGCGCUUUCUGGCUCCAGUGACCUGCUAGAGUUGCUGCUGCAAGAGGACUCUCGCUCUGGCACAGGCUCUGCUGCCUCAGGCUCGUUGGGCUCUGGCUUGGGCUCUGGGUCUGGUUCAGGCUCCCAUGAGGGGGGCAGCACCUCAGCCAGCAUCACACGCAGUAGUCAGAGCAGCCACACAAGCAAGUACUUCGGCAGCAUCGACUCUUCCGAGGCUGAGGCUGGGGCUGCCCAGGCCAGGGCUGAGCCUGGGGACCAGGUCAUUAAGUAUGUGCUCCAGGAUCCCAUCUGGCUGCUGAUGGCCAAUGCUGACCAGCAUGUCAUGAUGACUUACCAGGUGCCCUCCAGGGACAUGGCCUCUGUGUUGAAGCAGGACCGGGAGCGGCUCCGGGCCAUGCAGAAGCAGCAGCCUCGGUUCUCGGAGGACCAGCGGAGGGAACUGGGUGCUGUGCACUCCUGGGUCCGGAAGGGCCAGCUGCCUCGGGCCCUGGAUGUGAUGGCCUGUGUGGACUGCGGUAGUAGCACCCAAGACCCUGGCCACCCUGAUGACUCACUCUUCUCGGAACUGGAUGGACUAGGGCUGGAGCCCAUGGAGGAGGGUGGUGGCGGUGGUGGCGAUGGAGGCGAGGGCGAGGGUGGAGAGGGGGCCCGAGCCCAAGCUGGGGCCAGGGUCUCAAGCUCUCAGGACCUGGCCAUGGAGGAGGAGGAACAAGGUGGGAACUCAUCCAGUCUAGCCUUACCUGCCACAGAAAAUGGCACCAGCUAGACUACAUUUUGGGGCCACAUCUGGGAGUGCAUGAGAAGCUUCCUUCUCCCAUGUCCCAACUCUCAGAACUCAGAUGUGGCUGGACCAACCAAUAGGAAACUGCCCCAGCUUCUACCGCUGUAGGGGGCUGGACCCCCAUCACCAGCCCAGGAUCCAGGGGCUGCCUCUGGCUUUUUAGGGAACAGAGGGUGGAACUCUUCAGCCCAGCCCAGAGAAGCCUCACCUCCCACCCCGGUGAGGAGUCCUUCCUUCCCCUGGACAAAGUUGCUGACAAGCUGCUGAAGUGGUCUCUCCAAAUCCCAGCUGAGCCCAGGCCCUGGUCCCCGAGGGUUGGGGCUGCAAUUAUUUAUUGGAGGGGACAGCCCUCUCUCCCACCUCUUCUCCAGAUGGGAGGAGGAGGUCUUGAGGCCCAAGCAGGACCCAGCGGUCCAAACCCCUAGCUGCUCCAGGGUAGGGGAGGUUGGUGGACCAUGGAGUCCCUGGUGCUGCCCCUCAAGUGGGACCCAGGUGUUCUCAGCUGUACCCUCUACCAAUGGCAUUUGUGUUUUUGAUAUUGUGUCUGUUAUUAUUUUUUAAUACAAAGAGAAAAAAAACCCA